AGUGCCGUAUACUACCUAAAAAUGGCGGCUGUGUGGACUCGCGCUGCGUUAGCUCCUUCAAAGUGGACGAAGCAGGCCCUUAGACCCCUGUCUGUUGGAGCAGCGCUGUCGGCAAAGGCUUCAACCAAGUCUGCCUCGUCCCUGGAUCCAGUUCAGCAGCUAUUUCUGGAGAAACUGACGGAGUACAAAACAAAGAGCUCGGGAGGGAAGCUGCCCGACAUAACAGGAGAUCAGGAGAAGCAGUAUCAGGACGAACUCGGUAGAGUCCACAGAGUGUUUGGUGGAGGAGACAUGACCAAGUUCCCCCAGUUCAACUUUGUGGACAAGACACCCACCGAGGAAUAGUAGACACUCUCCAUACUGAACAACACACUUCAUCCAUUAGAUGCCCAUAUCUCUAGUUUAUUUAUGUUGAUUGAAUACUGGAAGUAUAUUGCGGAUAGGAGCCCUUUGGACAUUGACAUAUAGUAUUAUAGCCCCAUAUAAAUUCUUAUGGGUUUAUGGAGACUCUGGAUAUAAUAUUAU